AUGCCUCCGCCGCGAUCAUCGUCCCCCAAGAAAAGUGGAAUUACUGGUACAGCAAGGAAAAGCAAUGGAGUGGACAUCUUCUCACGCAAAAGUCUGGAACCACAAUCGCAGGAUCUUAAGGAUAUUGAAAAUACGCCGAUAGUAACACCUACGCCCACUGCACGAUCCAGCCGAUUUAGCUCCAGCCCUGAUAAAUCCCCUCUGCGCAAUAUCAUUCCCAACCUGACAGACACGAAGGCAAAAUCGAGGCUUAGUCUGCACGAAAUUGAACAACUCCCUAGCGAAAUUGCAGCUUCAAUAGAAGACGAUGAAUCGGAGCGAUAUCAACGACCGACAGAAGAAAGAGAUGCCGCGCCACUUCUAGAUGAUACCUACAUUCCUAUUGCCGAUGAUGAUUAUGAUGAUGGUCGUCCUGGAAUAUAUGAUGAAGCUGAAGCUGAGGUGGAAGCAGUGGGAAGGCCACAAUCUGAAGAACUUGGUACCCCAAUUCAGCAAAUCAAUCAAAAGUCAGACAAUGUAGAACAGCCGUCUGAGCUUCAGCAGUCAUGGCUGCCAGCUCAAAACCAGGCAAAUUCGCGGAAAAAGAGGAAAGCCGAUGCACUUGAACAAGAUGGUGAUGCACUGGCUUCUCCGACGCCGGUGAUAAUCCAUAAAACUAACCGGAAAGCAGUGCAUGUGCCAACAGUCAAUAAGAAGACUAGCCUUGUUACUGAGAAACCGAUGUCAUCCAAGGUCCAGGGGAAACAGGCACUGAGAGAAAUGGACACGAACACUAAAAUGUCGGUCCAACAGGAGAAUGAAUUGGACAAAAUCAUCGAGAAGGUAAAAGCACGUCCUAAUCCUCCAAGGUCACUGUAUAUUUUGCGACGCGAAACACCCGCGGACGAGAGCGUAACUCACACAAGAAGCGGUCGGGUCAGCGUGAAGCCGCUGGCAUACUGGCGCAACGAAAGAUGUGUUUUCGGGGGUAGUCCUGGUGGAGCCAGUAUACAGAAUGGUGCCCGUUUCCCGUUGAAUAGCAUCAAGGAAAUUGUGCGCAUCGAGGAAUCUGCCGCGCAAGCAACAAAGAAGAGAUUCAAGUCCAAAAAGACGUCUGGGUCUUCCAAAGCAAAAAGUCGCAAACAAGCAGUUGAGGAUUCUGAAAGCUCAGAAUCCGAUGUUGAGGACUCGCCCAGGGAAGACCCAGAGGCCGAACCAUGGGAAACGGAAAGUGGAACGCUUCGUGGUACAGUGUCAAUGUGGGAUCAAGACCUGCAAGUCCCCACGGAACAGGAGGUAGAAAUUGAGAUCGCACAUGCCCCGGGGGCCAUAGUGACUCGUGAAGUCAAGGGCUCGGCGCUACAUGAAGGCACAACAUUCCGGUACGCGAAAUUACUCAGCACCUCAUUCUUUGGAACUGGCAUUGUAGAGUUGCCACCUGGCGGCCUCAAGAGACCCAAGAACAGCCGAAAAAUGCAUAUGGGAUUCUUUGUGGUGAAGGGGAGGGUCACGGUUCGUGUUGGACCCACUGAUGAUGACGAAUCAGGAACUGCAAACCGCUUCAGCAUUGGGAAGGGAGGCUUUUGGCAGGUUCCAAGAGGUAACCAAUACUCCAUUGAGAACGAGCUUGAUAAGCCUGCUCGAAUAUUUUUCAGUCAGGGAUGCGAACCGGUGCCUCCAGAAAUGGAUGAAUACUAG